UGUUGUCAUUCUCCAAAACAUGCCCAUCAUGCUUGCAGAAGAAAGAAGAAUCUUUUAUAAAACUAUUUGUUGUGUUAUAUUUGAUCUUUUUUGAAUCACGAUGAGUGAACACUGCAGAGAAUUGAUCACACUGCAGUUGGGACAUUAUUCUAACUUUGUCGGGACUCAUUGGUGGAAUUUACAGGAUGCCUCACUGUUUUAUGACCCAGACACUCCUCUGGGGGAGAUUCAGAGUGAUGUCGUGUUUCGAGAAGGACAGACCUCUGGGGGCCAUGUCACCUACACCCCACGCCUCAUCGCAAUGGACCUCAAAGGCAGUCUUGGGAAUCUACGGCAGGAGGGAAGUUUGUAUGACCCCGGUAAAGAUACAUCAGCAGUCACAUGGGAGGGAGAUCUCAUGAUGCACAAAGAAAGCCCUCCACAGAAGAACUCCUUUCUUGAGGAUCUGGACAAGUUGGAUAAUGGAGAGAUUUUAGCUGAAGCAGACUUUUCCACCUCUCAUUCUCAGUGCUCUGCAUCAGCACCUCUGACUGUGGACACGGUGAACAAUCAGCUCUCCAGACUUCAGAAAAACUACAGACUCGAGGGCAGCGUCAAAGUCUGGUCCGAUUUCCUUCGGAUCCACUUGCAUCCAAGAACCAUCUCUGUGAUUCACCAGUACAACCACGAUGGAGAUGCCCAUCGUUUGGAGGCCUUUAGCCAGGGGGAGGCUCUGUUGCAGGGCUCAGUGCUUGAAGACCUGGAGGACAGACUGCACUUCUUUGUCGAAGAGUGUGAUUAUCUACAGGGUUUCCAGGUGUUUUGUGAUCUGGCCGAUGGUUUUUCAGGACUGGGGUCAAAGGUCACGGAGAUGCUCCAGGACUCGUACAGUGGGCAAGGCAUCCUGACGUGGGGACUGGCUCCUGUCAAUCACCCAAACUCUACUCCAAUGAAGGACCUGUACCACCUGUUGAACUGCACUUUAGGCACGAUGCACUUGUCCAGUCACAGCUCAUUGUUUUGCCCCAUGACGCUGCGUGGUGGACUGGGGUUAAGACCCACCUCACCUGUUACCUUUCCCUACCUGAACUAUGAUCCCUCUUUGUGGUACCACUCCAGUGCAAUCCUGGCUUUAGCCCUGGAUGCCCUCACUAUGCCAUGCAGACUCAGAAACAACAGCAUCCCCAUGUGGCAGCUGUCUGAGACUCUGGCAGUUUCAGGAAGAAAGGUUGUCUCGGCAUACGGAGCUGUCCCAUUUCCCAUGAUGCAUGGCGGCUCUUUGCCCGAUGCCCUCAGCCCCUUCUCCAGAACGUUGCCGUGGAAACCUCUGUCGUCAUGUUCUGAGCUUGGAGAUGGGUGUUGUUACGGACAGUGGACCACACUAAAGGGCUACGAGGGACAGAGACUCAUCAGCUCUUUGCCUCUUGGGACCCCUCCUCCCUCCCCUCUGCACUCUCUUCACAGCGGAGAGGACGUCCUGGCAUCGUACCUCAGUUCAUUCUACCCCAAUGCUCCUCUUGCCCUACAGCUCGUGUCUACCCCCAGUAAACUCACCGCUCCAUUUCCUCAGAUGUUCAACCCAACGCUCGAUACAAAUGGAUUUUUGCACAGUGAAACUCCUCCAGCAGGAUCCUCUGUCCUGCCUGUGUUAUCUGCUCCGGUCCUCACCUCUCUUCAGUCCAGUCCAGCUCUUGGGUUCUGGCUUUCGGACCUGCACCGUGUUGUCACCUCCUUCGACAUUCGGCGUGUCGCCCCCAGCUUCUUGUCCCAGGGUUUGGAGGAGGGAGACUAUCGUGAGACCCUUGAACAGCUGAAGCUCCUGUCCAGACUGUACCGGAACGACAGCGGAGGGACCACGCGCUCUUCCUCUGAGGAUGAUGAUGAUGAUUGACACAUUUUAUAUCUAUUCAUUCUGCUAUUCUGCUAUUCACACAUAAACUGCACUGCAACAAAAGGACUCAAAAACUGUAUCAAAUGCUUAAGAGGCAUUGACAUAAGAACCAGGGACAAAUAAAAUCAAGUUACUGUAAGAGAUAUUAUAGCAUGUAAAAACAAGCACUUAAAAAUUCAAAUGAGGUAAAAUGGUUAAACUUAAUGAUUUCUCAUAAUAUAAAAUUUAACUGGACUAAUCUUAAACCUCAUCAAACCAGCAAUUGGACAAAUGAAGAAUAUUACACUUUUUGAGCAAUCUCAUAUCCUGCUCAAAUGGCAGGAUAUGAAUUUAGCUUGGAAAAAAGUAUUACUGAAACAUUUUUGUAUUCAGUAACAUGGAAUGGCAGAGGUGAUGUUAUAGUUGUUGGUAUGUUAAUACCGUUCAAUUUGAGUUAUACCACUUUCCAGUAUUUGAAAGCGUAUGCCACAUUAGCUUUGUUAAUGUUUAUUCUAUAUAC